AAAUUAUCCUGUGGGUGGCCAAGGUGCGAAUAGUUCUGCAUCACAAUUUCGGACUGUUGCAAAUCAACUGGCAACGCCACAACGAUCGCUCGAAACUUCCCGGGAGAAUAGCUACGAAAGAGAUGAUCAUCAGAUCCCCGGAAUCGUUGGUGGUCGACUAGCUCCUUCUGGUUACGGUGUUUACAGUAGAGGUCACAGUCCGAGGUAUGAUGAACCUUAUCCUGAGGAAGGUCCUCCACAAAGAUAUUCUUCUCAGCAAAACGCAGAUUUGUCUUCCGAGCCACUAUUUUACAAUAGCAGACCAAGACAUUACAAGGAGUAUAGACGAAGGAAGCACACAUGGGAUUAUGAAGACAGUCAAGAAGGUUGGUACAGUGAAGGACAUGACUACUACAGUACGAGAAAUGACGAAUCGAGAAUUUAUAGUGACACUGAAUACUAUCCUAGCACAACUACUAGUUCGUCCUCAAGGAAAAGAGGUCCUUAUAGAAGGCCAUCUUUGGAAAGACAAACCACUUUAUAUGAUGAACAUUCCUAUUAUGAUAGCUACAUUAGUAAUGGGAAAAUCGGAAAAAUGAGUGCCACUUAUCCUGAAUGUCAAACGGACAUCGGAUAUAACAAAUAUUACAACAAUGUUACAGGAUAUGUUUUUGAAAGUGAAAGGUUUGGUCAAGAUGACGAGGACAGACAAUGGGAUAGUGGAGGGCAGUGGCUCCCUGGAUCAAGUACUUAUUAUGAAAAUAAAAGAAAUAGAAAAACACUUCCCCAGCGACCUGCAUCCAGUAUUGGUAUUCACAG